ACAGGUAGAGAGGUGUAGAGACUGGGGAGGGAGAGGGAAGGGUUAAAGACAUUAUCGCAGCCAUUAGAGGGAAAAGUUGAAGCAAUGCAAGCACGGUAGACUUCUCUUUCCUCCCCUCCCCCCCCCCCUUUCUUUCCCCUACUCCUCUCUUCCCAAACUGGAUCAGUGUGUAGGGAGGGCAGUCAUCACGACAUCCUGAGCAGCAAGAGCUGACGCUGGGCGAAGCUGCCAGGUAGCUGAAAAAAGGCGCAGAAAGCAGCUGAUACCCACUUUUCAACGGUUUGUGUUUUUUUAGUCUGAGUCUGGACUUCAAGCAACACAGCGCCUGAGACAGCUCAUCUGAACCACACUGUGUUGCAAUACUCGCUCUUCUCAAGGAAAAAGACUCCAUCGAGUAGCAGAAUGCUGCCAGUGUCGCAGCUAGGGCUACAAUACAGAGCCUUUUUGUAACAUUAGAAAUUUCUUUCUGUUCAUACAUUUAGAGAUACGUACAUACACUCAUACAUCAGUUCUUUCUUUUUUUUUGAGGGCAUCUUUGGCUUUUUUUUUUUACCCUGAUGUGACUUCUUCAUCUUGGAAUGAUGGGGAUCUUUCUAGCUUAUGUUGGAUUCAUUUUCUUUUCAGUUAUGUAUAUUCAACAAGGACUUUCUACCCAAGCAAAAUUCACAGAGUUUCCCCGAAAUGUCACAGCCACAGAAGGGCAGAACGUGGAGAUGUCUUGUGCUUUCCAAAGUGGCUCCACUUCAGUGUACCUCGAAAUCCAGUGGUGGUUUCUGCGGGCAGCUGAGGACCAAGAGGCUGGAGCUGAGGUGACAGGCACUCAGACAGUGAAAGUACAAGGGAAUGACAUCUCCCACAAACUGCAGAUUUCAAAAGUGAGGAAAAAGGAUGAAGGCUUGUAUGAGUGCAGGGUGACCGAUGCCAACUAUGGAGACCUUCAGGAAUACAAGGCCCAGGCAUUUCUCAAGGUCAAUGCUAACAGCCACUCUCGGCGAAUGCAAGCCUUUGAGGCAUCCCCAAUGUGGUUGCAAGACAUGAAACCUCGUAAAAACAUCUCAGCAGCUGUCCCAAGUAGCAUCCACAAUUCUGCCAAUCAGCGUGUGCGUGCCACCUCCAGCCCCGAAGCAGCAGCCAAAAUCCCCAAACAAAGUCCACAAUCAGGUGCGAGGAUAGCUACAAGCCAUGGACUUUCUGUCCUGCUUCUUGUUUGUGGCUUUGUGAAGGGUGCUUUGCUUUAAUCUAAAAGUGCUGACUUUUUCCAAUAUCACUUUCUCUUCUUAAAGCAAAGAGCAAAUCGCCUGUAAAAUCCACGGAGCGGACAGCAAAGUUGACCCUAACCUCCAACCACCACUCUGCACCCAAUGUACUCUAAAUCUCUACACAAGGAGCACCUUCUUCAGGAAGUACAAACAAAAUUACUAAAUGAAUAAAAUAAAAUAAAGUAAAAUAAAUAUUAUAAAAAAAAAGAAGAGGAUACCACGUUUUCUUGAUAUAUCUUAUUUUCUUUGGCGUAUCACUGAUAUUUUAUUUGAAGAGAACUGGUGUGAUGUAAUCAAACGUUUUGUAACAGCAAGACCUAGUUUCUUUUUCUUUCGGCAAGGAGAAGCCUCAUCCUUGACUUCUCAGGGGUUGGCCUGCGAGUCAUCAGUAUUACAGAAUUAACCAUGGAUGACAUUUGGUUUCCUACACUGAAAGAACCAUUCCAGCCUGGAAGCAAAAAGAGGCCAAAUAAUGAAACAAACCAUAGUGAUUUAACAUCGACCCAAAUAAAAUACACGCAAACUUUAUCAAAAAGCCUUUUUUUCCUUUUUUUUUUUUUGGCAUGAGAAAUAGGGAGGAGAAAAUUAAUUCCACAAAGCAGCUCAGCAGACUAGAGGAUGUUGUUUCUGGAAAACAAAUGAGGGUAUUUUUCUUUUGAGUUUUUUUUCUUUUUCUUUUUUCUCUUUUUAAUAUAUUAUUCUUUUUCCCCUGUGAGGUUUUUUCCUGUCUUUUUGUUUGCUUCUUGUUCAAUGGUGGCAAUUACAGACUUAGGCCAACCCCUGAUGAUUGUGUGGAGGUUUAUAUAUAUACAUCUUUUUUUGUGUGUGUGUGCGUUCUAUAUUUCAGUGUGUUUUCUCUAAUUUUGCAACUCCUGUAUAUGCAAAACUAACUUAAAUUCUGUAAAUUGCUUACAGUCUGUGUGAUAUAACUUCAGAGUAGACAUACUUUGGUCCUCAUGCAAGCCAGUUUUUAAUAUUAUCUAUAUGUCGUGCCACCGAGAGACAUUUUAAUUUCUUUUCUUGACAAAACAUCACUUUUACUUUGUAAUUUAGUAAUGUGUGGAUUUUGUAAUAAUAUUCUUCACUUUGACUGGUUUGACUCCCUUCAGCCCUCUGUUUACUCUGUAAAUGCACAUUAAAAUUUGUUAUGGUCUCUAGACAACAAAUUAUUUUAGUUUGUAUGUUGUGUUGGAGUUCAGAUGCUGAAAGCUCUUUUAACUUGUGAUGUUUAUAGAAGAUGAAGUGAUUCAAUUACUAGAGACUGUAAAAUGCAGGUUUGCAGUCAAAUACUGCAUGUAAAGGAACGUUAGAAACAAAACAGUCAAAUAAACCAGAACAUGACUUAAAGGAGGUUCUUUUGGUAAAGAGUUAUAGGAAAAUGAAUUUAUUACACUGAUAAACUAUAUUCUCAUCAUGGUUUCUCUACACGGCCAAAGAAGCAUUUUUCUUUGCUUUUUCUGGAAGUGGAUUUUCAUUACUCAUUGAUAUUCUUAAUUAAAAUAUUUUUUGUCUGUGAAAU